AUGCUUCCUGGAUUUCGGUUCGAUCCUACCGAUGAGGAGUUAGCAGGUCACUAUCUGUACAAGAAACUCACUGGAAAGCCUUUUGCGGCAGCGGGGAUGAUAGUAAGUGACUGCCAAUUAUAUGGAAGAGAAGAGCCCUGGGAAGUCUGGAAGAGAUUCGGUGGUGACGAGAGAACUGAUGGUAAGGGUAACUGGCAUAGAGAAGAUUCUGGGAAAAUUUUUGAAGUCACGGCUAGGGCAGAUUUUGAUUGUAGGAUUAAGAUAGAAGCAACCAAGAAAAGGUUCAAAUACAAAAACAGAAAUUCAAGCCACCAUUGCGGUUGGAUCUUGUUUGAGUAUAGUUUGCCUGAUUUGAACCGUGAAUUAGUGCUCUGUUGUUUGAGGAAAAAUGGGUCUAAAACAGGGGAAAAAAAUAAGGGCAAGAGGAAAAUAGAUGAUUGUGAGGGUGGUGAAGUUGUAAACUGUGAGAUGGUUAUUACUGGCAAUAAGCGUAUCAAGGCUAAUGACAAUGAAGCGGAGUCCUACUAUAACCAGAUUAGGGCUAAUGGAGAUGAUGAUUGUUUGGUUAUAGCUUCUGAUUUUGAUGAUCAAAUGGGUACUGAAUUUUGGGCUAAUAAUCAAGUAGAAGAACAACAAGAAAAUUCAACCAUGCUUCCUGGAUUUCGGUUCGAUCCUACCGAUGAGGAGUUAGCAGGUCACUAUCUGUACAAGAAACUCACUGGAAAGCCUUUUGUGGCAGAAUGUAAUGAUAUCUGGGCUCCUGGAGGUGAUGAAUGUUUGACGGUAGGCGCUGAUCGUGAUGAGCCAAUGGGUACUGAAUUUAGUGUUGAGGAGCUGCUGGAUAAUGCUAAUACCUUUGAAUUUGAUCAGAUCGAUUAUCGAUGA